GAGACAGGUUUUAUCAAAGAAAUUAUUCAACAGUCACCAAAAUCACAAAGACACCAAAUCGAUGUCAGCCGCAAAAUGUUGAACGAUGUGGUUACUUGUGGCAGAAAGAAUACUGCAAGUUUCACAUGAAAGCUGUCACCUCCCMAAACACUUCAAAGUUCCUUAGCUAUAAUUGUGAAUUUCAAAAUCAUGGAGGCAUGGGGAAUCGCAUUCAAGCAAUCGUUUCUAUUUUCUUCCUGGCUUUACUGACUGAUAGAGCAUUUCUUAUUAACUGGAAUGGACCAGGUCAUAUCAGAGACUACCUAGAGCCCAAUCAAAUUGACUGGAAUUUGCCACUCGGUCACUUUGGGACAUUCCAUAAAAGUUACUGGGGAUUGMGWACGGCGCCGCCUGGAUAUAAUGACGGCAUGGAGAUAUCAGGGAAGGACUUUCUUAAAAUGAUARCCGAAACUGAUUUCGAGACCAAACUGCGCACACGAUUUGAAGCAGUGGGUACCAUAUGGGGAUUUGCGGACCAGUUACGGAAAAACCCAUUCCUAAAGAAACACGCUGAAAAGAAAGGUAUUCCAUCCUCGCCAUUAGACCUUUAUGGCUGUAUUUUUCAUUUUCUCUUUAGGAAAAACACAGCCAUGCUACAAGCUUUACAAAAAGCAAAGUCUUAUCUUGGAAUAAAGCCACCUCUUCUUGGAAUYCACAUUCGAACUAGCGACCACCAUUGGGGAAGCACUAACAAGCAUUCUUACCUUUCGCAUAAUUCGACUUUAUUCUUUCUUUGUGCACGUGAACAAAAUAAACUGAUCCACGAAAAGGUAGAUUCAAGUCUGGAUUUAAAGUGGUUUUUGGCAGCAGACGAUAAAGAAGUUAAAGMCACAGCAAAACAUAAWUACCCUAAAGAAGUCAUCACUCUAGAUAUAAUACCACAACACCUAGACUUUGUUCGWCAAAAUAACGAUUAUAUUCGAAAUAUUUUGCUAGACAUAUUUCUUCUCGCUGAAUGUGAUAUUGUUCUUCUUACGUCUGGAAGUACUUUUAGUCGUUUGGCAGCUGCCAUAGGAUUUCAUGAUAAGUUCAGCGUGGCCACUGAUGGUGAACANUGGCCUUUGAGACCUCGUUUUAGUCCUUCGCCCUGGUCGACGACCGUGACACAUCGCGCCAUUUUUGAAAGUCGUGAAUUGCUUCGCACGAUAUUAUGUAUUACUAAUUUUAACUUUGAUAGUCUUGUUGCCAAUACACCAAUAGUUCCCAAUUGUUAUUUGAAUUGGUCCAUAGUCUUCAAGUCAGUUUCAGUUACUUCGACGCUCUGCUAUGCUAAUCUGCCACGUCUACUACUUGUCUCCUUUGUGCAUGGAAACAACUAUUUUCAUUCAUUACAUGAGUUUAUCUACACAAUUAAUGAAUGA